AGGCGUCAGCCCAGGUGCCUCCCAGGCGGCCAGGGCUCUGUACUGCCCUUUCCUGGCCCGGGGCCAGGGCCAGUGGGCUGCCCAGGGGGCGAGGCUUACCCCACAGCUGGUCUUCAAGGCAGCCCUCCUCCCUCUCCUUACUCAUUAGCCAGGCUGCAAGGUGACUCGGCUGCUGGGUGAGGCUGGCCAAGGGGUGCUCAGGCGCGGGAGCCCAGCCAGCAGCCAGGGCUCGAAUGGACAGCCUCCAGGACGCAGUGCGCCCGGAGCGCGGGGGCUGCGGCCCAGCCCUCGGCAAGCUGGUCCCCGUGGGCUUUCGGGCUGAGGCGUGGAGGCUCUUCGUCCUGUCUGGACCCCUGUUCCUGUUCCAGGUGCUGUCCUUCAUGAUCUACGUCGUGAGCUCGGUGUUCUGUGGGCACCUGGGCAGAGUGGAGCUGGCGUCCGUGACCCUCUCCGUGGCCUUCAUCAAUGUCUGCGGAGUUUCCGUGGGCCUGGGCUUUUCCUCGGCAUGUGAUACCUUGAUGUCCCAGGUAGGCGGGCCUCCUGGAGCCGGGCAGGGCAGAGCCGUCCCUCCAUGCUGCCCAAAGCGGGGUGGGGACCCCCAAAGGCUCCUCGGUGCUCCCUGGAGUGGGAGCCUGUCAAGCAGACCCGGUGGGGCAGCUGCCUCCCCCGCCCCCCCACCUGCUCCCUCCCAGUUCGCGCAGACGGUCUUCCUGCUGCUCUACAUCGUGCUGAGGAAGCUGCAUCGGGAGACGUGGGCAGGUGGGCCGCCUGCUCCAGCCCGUUGCCUGCAGGACUGGGGCCCCUUCUUCUCGCUGGCCCUCCCCAGCAUGCUCAUGAUAUGCAUGGAGUGGUGGGCCUACGAGAUCGGCAGCUUCCUCAUGGGCCUGCUGAGCAUGGUGGAUCUCUCUGCCCAGGCCGUCAUCUACGAGGUGGCUACCGUCACCUACAUGAUUCCCAUGGGGCUCAGCAUCUCUGUCUGCGUCCGAGUAGGGACGUCCCUGGGAGCUGCAGACACCGUGCAAGCCCAGCGAUCCGCCGUCUCAGGCGUGCUCUGCACAGUUGGCACCUCGCUGGUUAUCGGCGCCCUGCUGAGCCUCCUGAAAAAUAACCUGGGUUAUCUCUUUACCAAUGAUGAGGAGGUCAUCGCCCUGGUGAACAAGGUCAUGCCCAUUUACAUCGUCUUCCAGCUGUUUGAGGCCAUCUGUUGUGUCUACGGCGGAGUCCUGAGGGGAACCGGCCGGCAGGCCUUCGGAGCCGUGGUGAAUGCCAUCGCCUACUACGCCAUCGGCCUCCCACUGGGCAUCGUUCUGGCCUUUGUGGUCAGAAUGAGAACCAUGGGCCUCUGGCUGGGCAUGCUGGUCUGCGGCGUGCUGGCCGCGGCUGCCUUGGCCGCCUACACUGCGCGGAUGGACUGGGCACUGGCUGCGGAGGCGGCUGAGAAGUACACAGGGCUGCGGCAGCAGGGCACCGAGCACCCCGCGAGCGGAGCCCCCAGAGCCGGGCCCGAGGAAGGGGCCGGGUCUGCAGGUAAUGCUGGAGGCGCUUCUGUGGGCUCAGACACAAGGCCAGCGGCUGCCUGUCGGGCGGCUGGAACCAGGCAAGCCCAGGGCUCUCCGUGGGACAGGGUGUCUGAGCCUCGGAAGGCACACUCACACACGUGCCCUCCGCCGCGUGAGGCCAUGAGCCAUAGCGCGUCCUCAGACAGGACCAGGGCUGGGAGCUAGGUCUCCUCCUCGCUGUCCCUCUACUGGCAAAGGCAAGAGGUGAGGCCCGAGAGGGUGGUCAUAGCGCCCCCUCCACUCAGGGCAGAAGGCUGCGCCCUGGCCCAUGGCCGUCCGUUGGCGGGGGCAGGUCUGCCUGGCUCGCUACCUGGAGCGGGCACUGCCCACCUACCUUCCUGCACCGCACCGGAGGCGGCACCUCUGUUUACACCGGUGUCUGUGGUGGAACAAUGCCUGCUCGGGGCACAGACUCCUGCCCUGGCCGUGCUGAGCGCCAGCCGCGCCCCAGCUGGCACAGUGGCCGCACCGCAGCCUGGGCACAUGGUCCACGAGGCAGGUCACACGCACUCAAAGACACUGUGAGGGCUAUGUCAUGACAGAGGCAGGCUCAGCCCCGGAUACGCCGCCCCU